AACAUCGAAAAGGCAAAGUGACUUUUUAAAUGGGAGUGUCUACAAUGCCACCCCAAUGUUCGGAGCACUUUGUGUGUCAGUUGGCGGAUAAGCUGCACAGCGGGUCUUCUACCCACUGGGCGGCUAUCACUAAUCCAAGACAAGCAUUCCUAUAUAAGGCUUUGCUCUGCCUUGGGCCAUUGAAUACCUUCGGUUUAUGUUGAACAACCAUGUUGGCUCUCCGCUUGUUUUUACUGCUGCAGUGCAGCCUGUUGGUUCUGGCAGGCGUUUGUUUAAUACCGCAGCCUGUUAAAAGGCAGCGCUCGCUCGAGGAUAUAGUGAAGAGUCCCUGGAAGCUAACACCCCGCCUGGAUGGCCGCAUUGUGGGCGGCCACCGCAUUAACAUCACCGACGCACCACAUCAGGUUUCGCUGCAGACUUCGUCCCACAUUUGCGGAGGUUCCAUCAUAUCGGAGGAGUGGAUAUUGACUGCCGCCCAUUGCACAUAUGGUAAAACGGCAGAUCGCCUGAAAAUACGCCUGGGCACCAGUGAAUUCGCUCGCAGUGGUGAACUGCUGCGGGUGCAGAAGAUUGUCCAGCACGCGCAGUUCAACUACACCAAUGUCGAUUACGAUUUCUCCCUGCUGCAGCUGGCACAUCCCAUCAAGUUUGACGAGACCAAGCGGGCUGUCAAGCUGCCCGAGUCUCAGAUGAAAUUCAUGGACGGGGAAGCGUGCUUUGUGAGCGGUUGGGGCAACACCCAGAACCUGCUGGAGUCCCGCGAGUGGCUGCGUCAGGUGGAAGUGCCUCUGGUUAAUCAGGAGCUGUGCAGUGAGAAGUACAAGCAGUAUGGCGGCGUCACCGAGCGUAUGAUCUGUGCUGGAUUUCUUGAAGGCGGCAAGGAUGCGUGCCAGGGCGAUUCCGGCGGUCCGAUGGUCACCGAAUCGGGCGAGCUGGUGGGCGUGGUCAGUUGGGGCUACGGUUGCGCAAAGCCCGAUUAUCCGGGUGUCUACUCAAGAGUUAGUUUCGCACGGGAUUGGAUCAAGGAGCACAGUGGUGUUUAGACUAGUGUAUAUCCUGCAGAAAAAACUUAGCUUGGAAACACAUUUCUCCUUAUGCGACUGUUUGCACUACAAGUAUAUGUAUUUCGAAAGCCCGCAAUAAAAAAUUAUCAAAUGAUGCCAACCAAUCCGCUUGAACCAUUUCAUAAUGCGCUGCUUGGAUAGAAGGAUUCGCACACGUUGCCGGCACGCAGCCCACUUUUCAAACACGCGACCCUCCAGGAUAUCGCACACUUCGCCGGCGCAUGUCGCGUUGUUCGAAAUGAGUCUACUUGGCCACGUUAAGCGGAUGUGCCAGGCUGCACGAGUCCUUGGCCUCUUGGGCGGGUGUGAGCAUCGCAUCUAAUUGUUUUGCUCUUUGCAUUGGGAGGCUUAUCAGCCAGCUGUCAUUGUGUGCUGAGCCCCGUUCAUGUGUUACAUGCGGCGUAUACGCAAUUACUUGCAUUACGUAUACGUAGGGAGAAGUUUGUGUGCAUCGUGAACAAUUGGUUGGCGUGGCAUACUUUUCCGUUGAACGGCUCCUCCAUUGUUGUGUUUGCUUAGUGAUAAAUUAGCUUACAGAAAUUAACAUUAGGCGUUGCACAAUUUAGAUGUAUGUACUUUCAUAGCCUUGGCAUUGGCAAUGCGAUCGCACAACUUACGUAGCUUUGAGUGGAAACUUUGGGCGAAUCGA